AUGAGUAAGAAGCCCAUCAGUAAACAUCUUCUAGCAACAUGGCGCUUGGAAUGUGAAUUAGGCAUUAUAAACGAUUUUGACUGUCCAGUCGAUGGUGGCUGGUCCCCAUGGUCGCCUUGGUCUAAAUGCUUGGGUUCUUGCGACAAUAUUGGACAUCGUAAAAGAAUACGUGAGUGUAAUAAUCCAUCGCCUUCAAUAGAUGGUAUGCCAUGUAAUGGCGUUAAACAAGAGACUGAUCCUUGUUAUCUGAAAAAUUGUUCAGUAGAAGAUUUUCGGAAAAUCGUCGAAGGGGAUACCGCAAGAACUGAAGCCCUUCGUCAAUUAGAAGCUGUACCGGCGUUAAUGGAACAAUGUCUGCGAAUGGAAUGUCCUUUUGAAGCAAUCGAAGCAGCCUUAGCUACUGAAAAUAUCUGGCAAGUAAACUCCGAGACCAUCUGGAAUGCACUUCAGUGUGUUAAACAUGAUUUAGGUUGUUCUCUUAAAGGUGAAUGGGGAUCAUGGGGAUCAUGGUCAGCAUGUGGAGCACGAUGUGGUAAAGGUUUAAAAUGGAAACUCAGAAAAUGUGAUACACCGUCUCCAUCGACAGCUCAUUUAAUGUGCUUAGGAACCCCAAUAAAAUAUGAAGAAUGUGAAGGUGAACAGUGUGCAAUUGAUGGGGAAUACUCUGAACAUAACGUGAGCGGGUCUUGGGGAGAGUGGGGAUGCUGGACGAAAUGCUCAGAAAAAUGUGGCAUGGGUAUCCGGCGCAGAAACAGAACUUGUAUUGAAAAGCAUAUCUCUUUAGCUGCUAUAACUUGGGGAACUCAUUGUCGAGGGCAAUAUGACCAAUUAGAAAUAUGUGUCAAUAAAAAAUGCGUUCUUAAUGGUGGAUGGUCUGGCUGGGGAAGUUGGGGGCCUUGCUCUCAAAGUUGUGGAUCUGGAAAGAGAUCUAGGACUAGAUCAUGUACUAGACCAAUACCUUCAGAUGAGGGUAAACCUUGCAUGGGCUCUAAAAUUGAAGUAGGAUCAUGCAAUUUAACCCCAUGUGACGCUUAUGGUCAUACAAUUGCAGUUUUUAAUGGAGAUUCAGUUUUACAAUAUAAUCUUUCUAAUAAACGAUCAACAUUCCUACAUUUCUAUGUCCGCUUUAUGCCGUUGUCACCUCAUGGAACUCUUAUUCGUCGAGGAACCGCCCAAAAUCCACGUGUUCGUUUAAGUCUGCAAAAAUGGCAUGUUUGUUUGGAUGCUAGUGGUUCAUCUAAAACUUGUAGCCUUCCACGUACAUGUUCUCCUUCUGCUCUUGAACCGUCGAAUUGGCAUUCCAUAUUGAUAACAAUCACUAACAAUUUUGCCACUCUCAGAAUAAACGAUGCUCUAUUUUCUAUACAAAGUUCAUUUCCAUGUGACCCAGAAUUAACUGAUGACAAAGUGAAUAUUUUUAUAGGUGAAAGGCUUCGCGGAGAAGUCCAGGAGUUGAUUUUGAACUUUAUUCCAUUAAGUUUAUUCAUUGAACGUGAACGUAGAAACACUCUGUCUGAUUUUUAUCCUAUUUCUGCGUCAAACAUUGUCUAUGAAAAAGCUGGCAUAGAUGAAGCCUAUUUAUAUCUUGAGGAUGGUCAGUACUUAAUACUACCAUGUUUCAAAGACCAAGAUGAAUGGCAAUUAGAACUUACAUUGAAAUCACAAAGGGAUGUCGGAACAAUACUGUUUCUUUCAAACGAUAAUCACGAAAAUUGGUUAUUUAUGGGAUUACAAAAUAUGAGAUUAAAAAUGAAAUUGUUAUAUGAUACGUUUCAAUCAGAAGCAACCAGCUCCUUAGAGUAUUUACCAGAUCAAUGGUUGCACGUAGCUUUAAAUAAAAAGAGAGAGACAAAUACAAUAGUGGCUACGAUUAAUUCUGGUGAACGGUUUCAUGUGUUUUUAACGGAAGAUUAUAUUAUCAAACGAAAAGCUUUCGACCUUAGCAAUUCAGAGCAAAUCAAACAUUUAUCAAAUCAAUCUAAAACUUGUAUUGAAAAUAAAAAUAAAACGUGUAUCAAUAACACUCAAGAAAAGUGUAUUUGCGGCGAGGAUUUUUUUAUUGGUGGCGUUCCCAUAGGAAUUAGCAGUAAAAUAUCUGAAGAUAUUACAUCAUUUGCUGGUAUUAUAGCCGCCAUAAAAGUAAAUAAUGAUAUGUUAGACAUACAUGAUUUUACCAUUGAGAGAAUUAAAGAUGAUUUUAUGCAACUUUCCUCUCGAUCUGCUAGCAUAACAGGGUCUUAUCACGAGACAAGUUGGGGCGAUUCAAAUAUGUUAAAUUUAACAUGUGUACACGCUCGCAUUUUAAAAUCUCCUCAAACAGCGUACUGGCUUUAUUUAGAUUCUCCAAUUGAGAUACGAAGAAAUAAAAAUCAGCGUUCUAUUGACGACGGUAGAGUAUUACGUCUGUUUAUAACAGCUGAUUACGACUGCCAAGGUUUCUACACCUGUCGAGGACGUAUCAAUAAGCGUACACGAAAUUUUGUUACAUAUGGAGUACUUGGAAAAAUUAAUCUCAAACUUGCAAGUCCAGAUACCAUCACAGUAAUAGCUAUGUUCACAACUGUGUCUCUUGUAAUAUUUACUCUAUCGUGGCUUAUGAUAGAAGGAUAUUAUGAUGUCCGAGACGGGUACGGAUUUUUUCGCGAUGCCCACUUGUCACCAGAGGAGGAAGCAGAAAUAGCAUGUAAAUAUAUUGAUCAAAACACACAUCUCGUCGGGUCUGAAAGCGCAGUAUAUAUUGCAAAAAGAAAAGCUAGGAGCCGAGGUAAACGGUUAGCAAGUCGCGUAAAUUUCGGCUCCCAAGAGCCCGAAGGGAAAUUUAAAAUUGGGAAAGAAGAAGUUAAUGAUUCUACAACAAGUGAGCCAGAGGAUUUGCCAGCUCUGCCAGAAAUUAAGAGUUCAAUUGAGAAACCUACUCAUAAUGUAUAUAGAUGCGAACCCUCGUAUGUGAGUUCACCUCGUCAUGGUUCUAUUGUUACGUCCCUUGGGUCCAGGCUAUCCUCUUCAUCCUUAGACACAUCUCCGAGAGUUCUUUGUUCACGUUUACUUAUGACCAAGUGUAAAACCUCGAGGGAAAAGUUGCCGAAAAAAAUAUUUUAUAAUUUUAAAAAUAGACCAAAACUAGGUACUAUAAAGUCGUCAACCUUUACAAAUACGUCGCCUGUACAAAAAGUAUUGCAAAAGUUUCGAGAUUUAGCAAGCAUAGAUGUUGAAAACUUAGAUACCGAAGAAAUUACU